AUGUUUGUGAGGGUUUAUUUAUCGAGGAUGGAUCUUUUAAGAGCUGUAAUCAUCGGACCGGAGGGGACUCCUUAUCAAGACGGUGUUUUCGUCUUUGAUGUGUUAUUUCCUGACGAUUACCCUAAUAGCCCCGCUCGCGUGCGCUAUCAUUCUGGUGGACUUGCUAUAAAUCCAAGUAUGAAAAAGUGUGGUGAAGUUUGUUUGAACCUUUACACUCCAACUGGCAGACCGGAAAGAUUGUGGGGCCCUCACAGAAAUAUGCUCCAAAUACUGGUCUACAUACAGGAUCUGCUCAUGAAUACAAAGCCUUAUUUUAAUGGAUUAAUAAGUGCAAGUUUUAGAGGCUCAGUGGCUGGAGAAUGGUUAUCUCUACUAUACAAUGAGAAUACCAUUAUAAAAUCACUCAAAACAAUGGUGUAUACUAUCAACAAACCACCCAAGAACUUUGAGGAUUUGGUGGUUGGGCACUUUCACAAGCAUGUACGGGAUAUUCUAACUACAUGUAAAGCUUAUAUGGAAGGUCUGCAAGCUGGUUGUCUUGUUUCUGAUAACAAUGAUACCUGCUCAAUUGUGUUCAAGAAUGAUGUGGCUUCAUGUAUCAAGUCCCUAAUCGAUGCAUUUAAGAGAAUAGGAGCUAAGGAAGCUGAAGAAUUCCUUUAUCUAAUCAAAAAGCGGAAGGUUGUCGUUGAUGAAGAUCUGAAUGAUGUAGUGGACAAAAAGGGGAAGUUGCAGGACAUUGAGAUACGUCGUGAUUCUGACCAUUGUUAUGUGCCAUGGAACAUCUUUGCCUACCGGGGUUCUGUAGUGGGAAAGGUUUUGGUCAAGGAGGGAAUGUGGGUCGAGAGAGGGCAGCCUUUGUAUAUCAGUGAUACAGAGAAACUAAAUGAGGUUCUUAUCCCCACCUCUGGUAGUGCGAUUUUGUCACAAUCAGCAUUUAAAAAGGUUCUAUGUGUUAGUGAGCCAGGAUGA